CUCUGCAGUUUUCCUCAUCACACAGAAUGAAAAAAAUGGCUUCUGCACAUAACCAUUCCUGCAGCAGAAUGCUUCUUUUCGCGCUGCUAGUCUUCACUAUCCUCGAUUUUUCAGGUGCUCAGACUGGAGUCUGCUAUGGAAGGCUCGGAAGUGGACUUCCAUCUGCAGCAGAAGUUGUGGCUCUAUGCAAGCAGAACAACAUCCAAAGAAUGAGAAUCUAUGAUCCACACCAGCCUACUCUCCUAGCCCUAAGAGGAUCCAACAUUCAACUCAUCCUAGGAGUCCCCAACUCUGAUCUUCAGUACAUUGCUGCUAGCCAAGCCAACGCGGAUACGUGGGUCCAAAACAAUGUAAGAAACCACCCGAAUGUCAAUUUCAGGUACAUAGCUGUUGGAAAUGAAGUCAGUCCAGUGAAUGGGAACUCUCGGUUUGUGGCUUUCCUCCUCCCGGCCCUACGAAACAUGCAGGCUGCAAUUUCGGGGGCUGGAUUGGGGGACAGGAUUAAGGUUUCCACAGCUGUGGAAACAGGACUGUUAGGAGUUGGUUAUCCGCCUUCUCAUGGAGAAUUCAGGCCUGAUGUUAGGGCAUUCACCGACCCCAUAAUCACGUUCCUAGUGAACAACCAUGCCCCGCUACUCGUAAACAUUUACCCUUACAUUGCAUACAUAGGAGACACAAAGAAUAUUAAGCUUGAGUAUGCACUUUUUACCUCACCUGGAAUUGUAGUUAAUGAUGGCCCGGGCUACCAAAACCUCUUCGAUGCUCUUUUAGAUGCUAUGUACUCGGCUCUCGAAAGGGCUGGUGGCUCAUCUCUGGAGAUUAUUGUGUCUGAGAGUGGUUGGCCCUCUGCUGGGGGAGAUGCAGCCUCCAUUGACAAUGCUAGGACAUACAACAACAAUCUCAUCCGCCACGUGAAGGGAGGGAGCCCUAAGAGGCCUCAAAAAGCUAUAGAGACUUACAUUUUCGAUUUGUUUGAUGAAGACCAGAAGGAUCCUCCUGAAUCUGAGAGGCAUUUUGGUCUGUUCUUUCCAAACAGGCAACCAAAAUACCCCAUCAGCUUUAACUAGUCAUCGAGACUCGAGUUUAUCAAGCAACUAAUAUGGUAAUGUAAUGUAUUAUCCUGAAUAAGAGUUGCUAUAUAUGAAGAUUUCAUGCAUUGUUCAAAGGACCAAAAA